CCGCCUCGCAGUACUCCCACGACCAGAGGGUGAGAGGGACCUAUCCAUGUAGCGUCCCAGAACCAAGAACGAGGAAGCAGAAAACGAAAAACCAACACAGAGGGAGAGGGAGGAGAGAGUAAGAACCAGGAGCGGGACGAUCCAAAUCACCCACACCCUCAUCACAUGCCCGACCUUCUUCAGAUACACGGCGAGGAGUUAAAGGGACGCUACAAGACCCAAGAACACUACUAAGAGGACCAGAGGCGGCGAGGAGACCCAAGAACGCAAAGACACAUCGAACUGGCAGGAUGGAGUGGCCGGCGGCGACUUCGACUGCGCGGCCCAGCGCUUCACAGGCCUUGUUGCUCUUCUUCUUGGCGGCAACGGCUCUCACACUAACGACAGCACAGAACGUUAAUAUAAUGGUGAUGCACGAGGUGGAGAACGAGCCCGCGACGAGUGGAAUCCUGGCGGCCAUCAAGUACUUGGAGAACACCGGCGGAGCCACCAUCGGCAUCAAGGAGUUCAUGGCGCUCAAGAAAGGGGAUGAUGUGGAGGCUACAGUGAACGAUACGUGUGCUAAGUUGGACGCCGCCAUAGACGCCGGCAAGGCUCCGCACAUCGUGAUCGACGCCACCACAACGGGCCUCCUCUCGGAAACGGCCAAGAGCAUAACCCGAGCUCUCGCGCUGCCCACCUUCUCCGCCUCUUACGGCCAGGAAGGCGAUAUAAGAGAGUGGCGUGACCUGACCGCAGAGGAGGAGAAGUACCUUGUGCAGGCCAUGCCGCCCGGGGACAUCCUGGUCAUGGCCGUCAGGGACAUCGUGGAGACGCAGAACAUCACCAACGCGGGAAUCAUAUACGACAAUACCUUUGUCAUGGAUCACAAGUACAAGUCUCUACUCAUGAACCUGCCCUGUCGACACAUCCUGACGGAGGUGGAGGCCACAGAGAUGGCCCUACGCAAGCAGACCAAGAGGCUGAUGGACGCAGACAUCGUGAACUACUUCGUGGUGGGCAGCAAGGAGACCAUCAGCCGGGUGUUGGACGCUGCCACGGCCAACGGGAUGUUCGGGAGGAAAUACUCGUGGUAUGCGGUGUCGAAGGGCAAGGAUGACAUCCAGUGUGGCUGCGAGAACUCCACCGUCGUGUACUUGAGGCCUGAACAACCGACCAAGAACCGGAUCGGUAUGCUGCAGCGCGACUACGGCCUCGGCGCCAAGCCCGCCAUAGACGCUGCCUUCUACUUCGACUUCACGCUUCGAGGGAUCAAGGCCGCCGCGUUGUUGGCGAAGGAGGGCAAAUACGUAAACUUCAAGUACGUAAAAUGUGACAACUACGACGAAAACGAUCCGAUAAUACGCACAGACAUGGACCUGCUUGGCGCCCUUAAGCGGGUAACCAUGGAGGAGACCUGGGGCACCCUCACGUGGGGUGGGAACGGAAUGACCUUCCCUAAGAUCCCGCUCACCAUGGACAAGUUUAUGAUCCUCUCCGGGCGCACGGCAGAACGCAAGUCUCUGGGGAAGUGGGACGCUGGCAUGCCCGGGGCCCUCAUGUUCACGGCGGGCAUGGACCUCACCGACCACCAGGCCGUCACCGUGUACCGCGUCACCACGGUCCGCCAGUCGCCCUUCAUCAUGCAGAGGACCAACGAGGAUGGCAAGAUCGAGUUCUACGGCUACUGCAUCGACCUCAUCAACGAGAUCAAGCAAAUCGUCCAGUUCGAGUACGAGAUCUACGAGGCUCCUGACGGCAAGUUCGGGACCAUGAGUGAGAACAUGGAAUGGGACGGCAUGAUUAAGGAGCUGAUUGAGAAGCGGGCAGACAUCGCCUUGGCUCCUCUCUCCGUGAUGGCCGAACGAGAGAACGUGGUGGACUUCACGGUGCCCUACUAUGAUCUCGUGGGCAUCACCAUCCUCAUGAAGAAGCCCAAAGUGCCCACCUCGCUCUUCAAGUUCUUAACAGUGCUGGAGCCUGAGGUGUGGGUGUGCAUCCUCUUCGCCUACGGCUUCACCAGUGUGCUGCUGUACGUGUUCGACCGCUUCAGUCCGUACAGUUACCAGAACAACAAGGAACGGUACAAGGACGACGACGAGAAGAGGGAGUUCACCUUCAAGGAGUGCCUCUGGUUCUGCAUGACCUCCCUCACUCCCCAGGGUGGUGGCGAAGCUCCCAAGAAUCUCUCCGGACGUCUUGUGGCUGCGACCUGGUGGCUCUUCGGCUUCAUCAUCAUCGCUUCCUACACUGCCAACUUGGCCGCCUUCUUGACAGUCUCCCGUUUGGACACGCCCAUUGAGUCUCUGGAUGACCUCAGCAACCAGUACAAGGUGCAGUACGCGCCCAUGAACGGUACCUCCACCAUGACCUACUUCGAGCGCAUGGCCUACAUCGAAAAGAAGUUCUACGAGAUCUGGAAGGACAUGUCCCUCAACGACUCCAUGAGCCCCGUGGAGCGCGCCAAGCUGGCCGUGUGGGACUACCCCGUGAGCGACAAGUACACCAAGAUGUGGCAGUCCAUGCAGGAGGCGGGGCUGCCAACCACCCUGGAGAGCGCCGUGGAGAGGGUGCGCAAGUCCACCUCGUCCAGCGAAGGGUUUGCGUACCUUGGUGACGCCACUGACAUCCGUUACCUCGUGCUGACCAACUGCGACCUUCAGAUCGUGGGCGAGGAGUUCUCUCGCAAACCUUACGCGGUGGCGGUGCAGCAGGGGUCGCCGCUCAAGGAUCAGUUUAACGAUGCGAUCCUGAAGCUGCUGAACCAGAGGAAGCUUGAGACACUGAAGGAGCGAUGGUGGAAUCAGAACCCGGAGAAGAAGACCUGUGAGAAGGAUGACGACCAGAGCGACGGCAUCAGCAUCGAGAACAUUGGUGGUGUGUUCAUCGUGAUCUUCGUGGGCAUCGGUCUGGCCUGCGUGACCCUGGCCUUCGAGUAUUGGUGGUACAAGCAUCGCAAGACCCCGCGCAUCACCGACUCCGGCAGGGUCGUCAACGUGAAGGAGUUCCCGAGCGGCGACGUCCAGAAGACGAACUUUACCUCCGACAAGUCCAACUUCAACACGGAGUACAACAACGACGGCUACGACAUCGCUCCUGUGGGCAAUCCGUGGUAGGGAGGAGGACGGGUUGCGACGCUGGGUGGUGGGCGGGACUUCGAGCUCCUUCGUUUCAAGUCCUGCAUUCCUUUUUCUCGUGGCGUUCCAUCUGAAAGCGUAACCCCACCGUCACUACUACUAUCCUACUACUACUACUACUACUACUACUACUGCGACUGCUUCUACAUUAUCCAUACAUUCGAUAUUUUUCUAAAGUCGUGUAUCGGUUCUGUCAGUCAGUUCAUUCCGGCUUCAUUACUCGCUUCGUUGAGGUUUUCUGUGUUUCGAGGCUUCUGUGCUUCGUUCGAGCUCGUUUCAGCUUGGUAAGGGUGACUAUAUUUAUUUUUAUAACGGUGGAUGUAUUCUUACAAUGAGCUGAAGGAACGGUCUUAAAAUUCCAUCUUUUUGUGAGUUUUUAUUAUCUAUUUUGGACGUUAUUUACUCUCAGUCGUAUUAGGAAGCUACCAAGAUGAGUAAAAUCUAGUGUAGUAAGCAAGGCAGGUGUUGAAACUGGAGUGGAUUCAUGAAAGCAGGUAGACGAUCAAACCAAAAAAAAUCAACAAAACCACGCUUUGAAAAAUGGCCCCAAAAGACAAAUUAGCCACAUUGUUCUUAAGGGUGGCUAAAACGACGCUUAAAAAAUCAGGCGUUAAAAUUAUUGAUGCAUAUGAUCGGGCUGGGUAGAGACUAGCAAGCAAAAACAUCGACUAUUAAACAUCACGCUUUUCCAAAUUAUCCUCCUUAUUCGACGCAUGGUUAAAAUGUUGCUCCCGAAAAAUGAUGUUACACGGCCCCUGAAACCCAUUAGCAAGGAAAAAGGAAAAUAAUAAAGAAACAGGAAAAUAAUAUAGAAAUGUGGAGAAAUGGGAAAAAAGGGUAAUGGAAGUAGGAGAAUGAUAAAGGUGAAAAAAUGGGGAAAAUGAAAAUGGAAAUAGGAAAAUAGGGCAGAAAGAUGGAGAAAUGGGAAAAAGGGGAAUGGAAAUAGAAAAUAAUAUAGAAAGAUGGAGAUAUGGGAAAAAGGGAAAUGAAGAUAGGAAAAUAUAUAGAAAGAUGGAAAAAUAGAAAAUGUACACGGAGGGAAAUGAAAAUAGGAAAAUAAUACAGAGAUAGAGAAAUGGGAAGAGGGAAAUGGAAAUCAGAAAAAAAUAUAGGAAGAUGAAGAUUAUUACUGAAUAUUCGUUUUAAGUUAUACGUUAAUAAGUCUAGAGUUUGUUUUUAUGAAGAAUACUAGAUACGUUUCUUGUAUAAUAUUUUGCAGCACAUUGGAUUUUUUUUUUUUUUUUUUUGGUCUGUUUUGGUCUGUCUGUUUUGGUUAGUCACCCUUUCCAAGCCAUUCAACCAUUAACUCUAUCGAUCUUUUGCUCAUUACCAAUAUAUUUGUACCGAGGGAGAAGGGUGGGCGUGAGGUGUACAUAGCUAACGAGAGAGACAAAUUAGGUGAUAUUUAGUAUUUAGCGAAGCUGUAUACGUGUCGGUGUUUUGCCAUAGAGGUUAUAUAUAGUCGAGAGUGUUCCUGUUAUACCCACGAAGAUGUUUAUGAAGAAGGUAUAGCUCUAGGGUUUGUUCGACAGUUCAUGCGCACCACAGCCAGCCUACGUGUGAACUUAAGCCACGCCCCUUUUCUAUAGAGUCAUUGGUGAUUGAUUGAGGUUAUGUUUUGUUUUAGACAUUAAGCCAUGCCCCUUUUCUAUAGAGUCAUUGGUGAUUGGUUGAGGUUAUUUAUGUUUUGUUUUAGACAGAGAGAUGAAGUAAACCUUGAAAAUAAUAACACGCAAGAAAAGAAGGUGAGGUUUAGAGGAAUGCGUCAUCGGGUGGCGUCUAUUGUUUUAAGAAGGUGAGGUUUAGAGAAACGGGCUUACUGGUGGAGUCUAUUGUUUUGAGAAGAGAAGGUGGGGUUUAGAGGAAUGGGCUUACUGGUGGAGUCUAUUGUUUUGAGAAGAGAAGGUGGGGUUUAGAGGAAUGGGUUUACUGGUGGAGUCUAUUGUUUUAAGAAGAGAAGGUGAGGUUUAGAGGAAUGGGUUUACUGGUGGAGUCUAUUGUUUUAAGAAGAGAAGGUGGGGUUUAGAGGAAUGGGCUUACUGGUGGAGUCUAUUGUUUUAAGAAGAGAAGGUGGGGUUUAGAGGAAUGGGCUUACUGGUGGCGUCUAUUGUUUUUAAGAAGAGAAGGUGGGGUUUAGAGGAAUGGGCUUACUGGUGGCGUCUAUUGUUUUAAGAAGAGAAGGUUGGGUUUAGAGGAAUGGGCUUACUGGUGGAGUCUAUUGUUUUGAGAAGAGAAGGUGAGGUUCAGAGGAAUGAGUCAUCUGGUGGCGUCUAUUGUUUUUAAGAAGAGAAGGUGAGGUUUAGAGGAAUGAGUUAUCUGGUGGUGUUUAUUGAUUUAAGAAGAGAAGGUGGGGCUUAGAGGAACAAAUCUAUAUCGUUGGACCGCUGUGUGUGAACUGUCAAACAAACCCUAUACAUAUUGAACAGAGUGAGGCUUAAUCUGUUACCCAAAAUACAUAAACACAGCGGCUUAUACAUCAACUAGGCACAGAUAACACAUUGCCAGUCCUGUCUUGCCUACAACAGCUCAGACAUGAACCUAGGGACUUAUUUUAGUACGGAGAGAAUGAGAUCGGAAGCUGUCCUGAGUGAGGGUUGAGAAGGGAUCCGGCCCCCUCAUCUCACACACUGUUCCCCUCACUCAUGAAUGCUUUAGACUCAUACUUCAUUUCUCCUUGGCUUCAUGUCUUAACGUAGAGGUUAUUAAAGCAGCUGAACUUCUACAUGUCUAGUUGCGAUGUCAAUAAGAUGCUUUGUAUCUCUUUCUUAUGAGUAUUGUUCUUAUAAACAUGAACAGAGUAAAAUAAUAAUCCGUUGUUUUAUAUGUAACGGGUUAAAAAUGAAGUUAUAUUAAGGCUGGUAAAUGUUAAAUGGUUUGUUGAUAUUAAGAUGACUGUACGAUUAUGACUACUAAUACCACUACAACUAAGUACUACUUCUAAUACUACUUUUGUUACUGCUACUACUACAUCUACUACUACAUCUACUACUACUACUUCAUUGUCGAGGUGUGAUAUGCUAGCAGAAGAAACCUGUCUUGAAGGAUCUACAGGGACACUCAACAGGCUCCACUCCUCUGUAAUGGUAUUAGAUAGUCGACAUUGGUUAAUCCUAUAUAUACAAACGUUAUAUACUUCAGUCUGCAAGGUUCCUGCAGUAAAGCUCACCGUAAU